AUGGCUCCACCAGAAUGGAGCCUCUUUCCCCCGGAGAAGCUUUGCAUGAACUUGCAGCCAGGACAGAGCAUCGGAGCAGGACUCUACAACAUGGGCAACACGUGCUUCCUCAACUCCGUGCUGCAGUGCCUGACGCACACCCCGCCUCUGGCCAACUACCUGCUGUCUCGGGAGCACGGCCAGUCCUGUCUUCAGCGAGGUUUCUGCAUGAUGUGCAGAAUGGAAGCCCAUGCUGACAUGGUCCUGCAUUCCUCAGGCAAGGUGCUGAAGCCUUUGGCUUUCAUCAAUGUCCUUUCAUUGAUAGGAGAACAAUUCCAGUGGGGCAGGCAGGAAGAUGCCCACGAGUUCUUACGCUCUGCUGUCGAUGCCAUGCAGAAAGUUUGUCUGAGAGGAAUCAGCCACUUGGACGCCGCCUCUGAAGAGACCACCAUCGUCCAUCAAAUAUUUGGAGGACAGAUGAGAUCCAGAGUCACGUGCUUGAGCUGCAAUGCAGUUUCUGAUUCCUACGAGGCCUUCCUGGAUGUCUCUCUGGAUAUAAAGGCAGCCUCAUCUGUCACCACAGCUCUGAAGCACUUUGUGAAACCAGAGCACCUGGAUGGUGAAAACUGCUUUCACUGUAGCAGGUGUGACAAGCUGGCUGCCGCCUCCAAGAGGCUCACAGUGCAUCGUGCACCCAGGGUUCUCACAGUGUGCCUGAAACGCUUUGACGCCUUCACUGGCAGGAAGAUCUGCAAGGCUGUGGGGUACCCUGAGCGCUUGGAUCUUGGGCCCUACAUGUCUGAGACGCCUGCAGAGCCGCUCCGCUACACCUUAUACGCUGUCCUGGUGCACGCCGGUUCCACGUGUGACGUGGGACACUAUUUCUGCUACACAAAGGCCGGCAAUGGGCAGUGGUACAGGAUGGAUGAUGAGUCUGUGAAUCCUUGUGGCAUCAAUACAGUUCACAGGCAGCAAGCCUAUUUGCUGUUUUAUGUCAGGAGCUCUGAUUUGAAAACUGCAGAAAGAGCUUCUUCCUCCAUCACAGCAUCAUCUGUCCCUUCCUUCUUCAAGCUGUGGCAGUCUGGCACCCAGCAGGCAGGUUCUGCAGGAGCACAGGGUCUGCCUCCACACACCGAGACCAGCGAGGAGAAAGAGGAGAGCAAGUCCUCCACGUUGUGGCGAAGCCCCAAGGAAAAAAGCAGCUUCAGGGCCCUCCAGGAUCAGCUCCAAGGGGAUUCCCACAUCCAGGGCGGCCAAGAAGAAACCUCAGCGGAGGCAGUGAGGGAGGAGCAGCUCUGCAGUGCGGGGCUGUGA